CAGACGCCGGGCCGCCCCGUCACGUGCACCCAAGUCCUCGGCUGGCCGGCCGGGGCAGCACCGUGCCCAUGGUUCAAGGCUGUUGAUGGAGGAGGGGGCGGAUGACAGCGGGGACGGUGGUCAUCACCGGGGGCAUCUUGGCCACUGUGAUUCUGCUCUGCAUCAUCGCGGUCCUGUGCUACUGCCGGCUGCAGUACUACUGCUGCAAGAAGGAGGAGCGGGAGGAGGACGAGGAGGAGCCUGACUUCGCUGUGCACGCUGGCCUGCCCCCGCUGCACUGCAACCGCAACCUGGUGCUGACCGACGGGCCCGCGCUCCGCCCGGCCGCCUCCGGCCAGCGGUCCCCGCAGCCCCGCGCCCUCUGCCGCAGCUGCUCCCACUGGGAGCCGCCCACCUUCUUCCUGCAGGAGCCCGAGGACCAGGGCGUGCCCAACGGUGGGGAGCGCGUGGCCUACCGGACCCUCAGCCAGGAGGACCUGGCGCUGCCGCCCGGGGCCUUUGGGGGCCUGCAGGUGCCCAACCCCAACCGCCUCUCCGCCAUGCGGGAGGCCUUCUCCCGGAGCCGCAGCAUCAGCACCGAUGUCUGAGCCGCCCACCCCUCACCCCUCCACCCCCAACCCACCUCCCAGCAGGUCCCCACGCCAUGGAGGGGUCCCCAUGGCCCGCCAGCCUGGCCCCAGACCCGGACCUGGGCUUGGUCCCGCCUUCCUGGCACCCCUGUCCUGGCAGGGCCCAGCCCUCGGGGGGCUCCGGGGCCCACAGCAUGGAUAAGGCCAGGGCAGGCUGGCAGGGCCGGGGGUAGGGAUGGCCGAGCUGGAGGAGAGGCGGGCGUGACGUGGCACAGGUGAGCACAGCCCCCCCAGGGGAGGACAGCGGGCGAGGCAGGGUCCCGGCGCCCGCCGCCAUCAUGCAGGUAUAGUGGACGGUGGCCUCCACCUCAGCCCAGCCAGCUGGCCAUCUCUGGCUGCAUGGCCAGCCCUGUCCCUCCCUUCCUCCCUCAGCCUCAGGCAACCUACCUCUUCAAGGAAGGGGUGGCCACAGAGAGACUCGGGGCCCUGAGCCCUCCUUCCCUGGCGAUUUCAGACCAACUGACCCUCCAACCAGAACAGCGGGCGGGGCUCUGUCCCCCCAACCCCACGCACACCCCCGGCUUCCAGGGCCAGCAGCCGAGACCCAGGUUGGGCUGACCUCUCUGCAGAGCCCCCUAGACAGGGCAGUUUCAGGGGUGGCUGGGCCUUGGGACGCCUAGGCCCCCCCCGGCCUUUGGGAGAAAGGGAGGAGAGGCCAGUUCUCAAGCACCUGCUUCAGGUGGACACUGAGAGGCGUCCCUCAGGCCCGUGCUGGUAGGCGGAUGGUGCCGUGGACCAGCGGCCACUGGACCCACGAUCCGCCCAAGACCUGGGGCGGGCCCUGCCGUUGCGGCUCAGCCUCCAGGCUGCUCUGGUCCCAGCGGAGAGUCCCAGCUUCUCUCCCUGUGCCUGCUUCCUGGAGGGGAUUGGGGAGCAGGGAAGGACCCAGCCCUGCCCCCCACACCGCCCUGCUCCGUGUGAGGACCUCAGCUGAGCCCACUCUGCUCUGAGCCCCCAGCAGAGCCAGGGGCGCCCCGAGAGCCCAUUCCCAGCUCCCUCUCUCUGACAGGGAAACGAUGCCCCAUGGCCACCCUGGAGAAGCGCCCCAGACCCGGGGCGCCCACCACGGGGAGCGCAGCCCCUCACCCCUGCAGAGGCGGUGGCCCCUCUCUCCAAAGCAUGCCCCCCUCCCACCCUCUCCAGG